CAGAAUGGAUCAAAGACGAUUGAGAGUUCUGGUCCUGCCGACCGCCCGUGAAAUCUUUGCCCAGUUUCACACGCUCGGAUCGAGAUUUACGAGAGGAAUUGGAUUGUAUCGCCUUCGAUCUUCAAAUUCACCAGAGAACACAACUUGGAGUGAUUCGGAAUUGAAGCUCCUCGAAGAGAGAAACGUCUCGGAACCCGAGUCCCUUGAACAUUUACCCUCUGCUGAACCGAGGAAUCCCCCUUCAAAGCUCUGCCUCAUGCUAGGCAUUAUGACGAAUAUUGUCUCAACAAUCUCCAUUGUUUUCACAAACAAAUAUGUUUUCUCACACGAAGGACUACGCAACUGUCAAUUAGCGUUUGCAGCCUACCACUUCAUGAUCACCGGACUUACAUUAUGGGCUAUAACCCAGCUUCGUUGCGGUGAUUUUGUUGCAAAACGAAUUCCCAUUCACCGUAACUUCCACCUUGUUACCCUGACUAGCACCCAAGUGGUUCUCCAAAAUCUCUCUCUCGCAUAUUCGUCGGUCAUAUUCCACCAGCUUGUGAGACUACUCCUCACGCCAGCUACCGCUUUUUUCAGCUUUUUACUCUAUCGUGCUACUAUUCCAAGGGCAUCAAUAAUCCCCUUAAUAAUCCUAUGUGGUGGCGUGGGAAUUACUUUUUACUGUGAUUCUCAUGCUCCGACUGAUCAAGCCGUUGGGAUAUCUCCAGAGGGAAUCGUCUUCGCUUUCACCGGCGUACUGGCCAGUGCUCUUUAUACAACGCUAAUCGGAGCAUAUCAGAAAAAGCUGCAAGUAAAUAGCAUGCAGCUUCUUCUCAAUCAAGCGCCUAUGAGCGCCGGCUUUCUUGUGUGUUUGGCCCCCUUUAUUGAUUCCGCUCCCACGGCCAACUUGCUUUCACCAUCAGUGUGCAUUGCAAUUUUCGGGAGUGGAUUGUUGGCUUGCCUUGUGAACAUUUCCCAAUUUUACGUCAUCAAUGCCGUAGGCCCAGUCAGCAGCACUGUAAUUGGACAUUUGAAAACGUGCAUGAUUGUGGCUUUGGGAUGGUAUUUUAGUGAUCGAUCAAUUUCAAUGCAAAGUGUUAUUGGCAUAAUAAUGGCUUUGGUGGGUAUGAGCCUGUAA